AUGCACGGAGCCGGCGAACAGCAACGAUACCGAUAUGCUCGCAACGAUGAGGUUUGUGAUAAACCGUUCAUUUUCUUUAAUUUCAAUAAUAACAUACACGCUUUGAUAAAAUCACAACAGAGUAGAAAUACUAAUUAAAAUUUCAGAAAAUAUUUACUUUCAGCUUAUAAGUUAGGUAGAGCGCACUAGUAUGAGGAAAUCUGUACGCGUUGAGAUCACCCCGCUGGUCGUCGACUAAUUGAGGCGCAAAACAAACUUAGAGGUGUUGAAACACGGCGGACGACGGUCGACCCGUGUUUUCCGAGUCAUCAAUCACGCAAAGGUCAUCGGGCUGGUGAGCCUUAUCGCCAUGAGUUCGAUUUCAUCAAAAUGAACUCUUGCAUAUUCUGCAAUUUCGAAGUGUUUCAUUUCGUCUGUUCGUCGCGCUUCCUCCAAACCGAACAAUAACAUUGUUCAUCGGAAGAAGUGAUGUCAUUUCUUUUUCGCCGUUGUGCUCUCUGCCCCAAAUUUUGAAAUCUCAGAAAACAAGUCAUGCUGGGAACGCCGAGUUUGUGAGCGCUUGAAAGUUUAGAGCACUACAAAUAAAGCUACAUCAGAUCAGAAAACAUACGGACUCCUUCUCUCUGUCUGGCUAUUCCUACUUCUUCCCUUCCCCUCGGCUCAAUUCUUUCUCAAAACGCUUCUUAUAAUUACGAGACUCCUGCUCUGCUCCUCUGACUCUGCAUGGGGAUAAUGUUACCCCGCUCAUUUCGUCUUUCCACGCGCAGUUUAUAGCUGAGCAAGUUUGUAUUGUAAAAGCUGCUCAGCGGGACCACCUGAACUCGGAAUGCAACUGUCCUUUAAUUGGUACCUCGCUAAUCUGCACUCUAAUCUGCCCGCUCAUUCCGAUGACUAUCUGUGUCUCUGUCUGCAUUACAUCGCCUUAUACCUCCUUUUCAACUCUCUCAUCACCUUUUUUGAAUGGUCCUCGCGAGAACAAUUGCGACCGAGGGGGCGAUCAGAAAAUGAUGACGGCGAAUGCGGGUGCACACAAACUAUUACACGGGUUUGUGUGUGCACUAUCCGGCAGCAGCCAGAGCUCUUGCUCGCACCCUCUAUCGAGUACAAAUAUUGGUUUAUGUAGAUUUGGUUAUAAAUUAGAUUAGCAUGCAUCCCGUUCUUUUAUCUAAAAUUCUUAAAUUCCAGCAUCAGCCGUCAACGUCUUCACAAGGUCACCAAAUGCAUCCAAUGCAAAGCCCGCAGCAAAUAACAUUGAUGCACAAUCCGACGACGUCGACGGCUUCGAAUCCUUUGACCGUAACACCGUCGGGCGCCCCAAUAGCAGCUCCCAUCGUGCGCUUUGGUCAGCCUAUCAAAAUCGGAGACAACAUACUGCAACCAGCUGGAACUCUUGUGUUUUCGCAAGGAGACAAUGCAAGUUGGUCGUCAGGACAUCGAGUUUUGGUGCAUCACGCAAACAAACAUUCGGUAAGUCGUCCGCUUUUGUUGGCGCUACAACGAAGUAGAACUCGCACGGAAUGGAACUGUUACGAUUUGGAACUCGCAACGUUAAAAUAUAUCUGCGAGUUCCAAAUCGUAACAGUUCCAUGCCGUGCGAGUUCUACUUCGCUGUAGCGGCUUUUUGUUAAUUGCUGGAAGAGUAGGAAAAUGUGCUUCAAAUUUGAAUUCUCUCUGUUCUCACCGUCUCUCCUGUCUGUCGCACACCUUAUCAACUCCGUUUAUUGUUUCCUAAUCAGCUGCAAUUAAAAUUUGCAAGAAAAUACGAAAUAGUAAAAGAGUUGGCAGCUGUGCAGACAGCCAUUUUUUGUGUCGCGUGCAAAUUCCCUAGGGAAUCAUUUGUUACCAUGGCAACGGGCGUGUCUGACUCUCGCUGAAAGUAGCCUGCAACUCUCAUUCCCAUGUUUUCCAGGUUGUGCAAGCAAAUCUCUUCCCAAUUGGAUCGCCUGCUCUGGUGCCUACUGGGAAUUGGUACAUCAAUCAGCAGCCGGUUACCACUUCUUCGAAUAACUCUGUUGUUCCCAAUCGUAAUCCCGCAACGGCCUCUUCUGCCACACCGGAUUCGGGAAUUCAAAGCGUUCCAACGUCUCCGCCGAGUCCCAGUUAUCAGCUGCUGAACGAGAGAGAUGAGGAGGAAGAUGAAGACGAUAAUGAUGACGGACCAGCUGACUUCACAGACAUGCCCACGUUGAAACCGGCGCAUGAGGACGACUCGUACGACGGUCCUUUGACGAGCGUCGGACCGUCUUCCUUCUCGGAGACUCCGACGACUACAACUCCUGUUCCAUCGACUUCUACUGUUGCUGCUAAAGACGAUCUGAAUGGAAUGAACGCGGAAGAGUUUUUGGCAGUUUCAAUAGCCAGAAACAUGGAUCUUGACGAGAUCGUCAAAAGGUUAAUUGCAUUGGAUCCGGACAAAGCUUCGUCCAUUGCAACUCUCAUAAAAGAAAAGGCAGAUGCGGCGAAAAAGAAAAAAGAUAUGGAAGCUGAGGUUUCUUCGACGACUCCUUCAACUCCGAGAGCAAGAGUGACUAGGAAAACGACGAAAAUGACUACAAGGAGUACAAAUUCACCAGAUGUGACGACGAGUACGGAGGAACCGAGCACUUCAUCAACUGGAAUGCUCGACGAUUCCGAAACAAAGCGACAAGGAAAAAGGAGAGGGCGAAGACCAAAAAAACGAGAAAACCUUGAAAUGAUCGAAGAUACUCCUCUGCACGAAGAAGUGGUAAAAAGAGUGAAGGUGAGUGCAGAAGGUGACAUAAUUUCUUAGAAUAGUCCAAUUGCAGACUGAAAGAGUGAAGUUCUCUCCCGAACCAACAAGUUCUCGGCCACAGUCAUCGACAGCGGUUACUGUAACGUUGGAUCCAGUGCAAUACCGUUUGAAAGUUCGAGAAAUGAUGGAACGACAAUUGGAGCAGCAGACGCAGAAAAUGAGUGUCGAUAUGAGUGAAAUGAGAGUUUCUCACUCGACCACGAACAAAACAAUUGCCGGAGGAAAACGGAAAGAGUCGUUCUUCCGACAAUUGAAUGAACAAAGCAAACGAAUCAAGAAAGGACAGUUUGGGAAGAGACUGAAAAUGUUCAUGACCGAAGAAGAACUGAGAAGGAAAGACGACGAGAAGCCGAAAGAAACGAAGGAGAAGGAAGAGGAUGUUCUGAAAAUGAGAGGCCGAUUACCAUCCAGAAGAUCACGCGUUGAUGACUCCCCAGAAGUCGCAUUCACAGUCGAGGAGAAGUAUAAUGGAGAAUAUUACGAGAUCUCGAAAAGUGUUCCUUCUUCUGACGACGUCAUUCCACUUUGGAGGGCACCAAGUUUGACGUGUGGAUGCACAAAAGGCGCUUGCACUUCCGACAUGGAUUGUCUAAACAGGGCGAUGCGCGUGCAAUGCAGCAGCGAUUGCACACUCUCCUACUGUUCAAAUCGUCGAUUCUGGAAAGAGGACAGCAACAAGCUGUGCGUAUCACAUGGACAGAAAACGAGGAAACUGCUGAGGACGAAAGUUGCGAGAAGAGCCGGAGAGUUUCUUUGUGAGUAUGCCGGAGAAGUGAUCAAAAGCGAAGAUGCGCAAAAAAGAUUUGAAGACGAUGAGAACGCUCGGAUCAUUGCCAUCGGAUCCCAGCUUUUCAUCGAUGCGACCGUCCGUGGCAAUGUUUGUCGUUUCGUGAAACACUCUUGCAAGCCAAAUUCACGAUUGGAAGUAUGGUCAGUGAACGGAUAUUAUCGAGCCGGAGUGUUCGCUCUCAUUGAUCUUAUGCCAAACGUGGAGAUUACGAUCGACAAAAGCGGUCUCCUUCCUUUCGCGAGAUCUUGCACCUGUGGGUCGUGGGAGUGCAAAAAAGUUAUUCGAGGCGUCAGAAGUACAGCGAUUGCCGUUGCCGACGAGAAGGAGCACAUCAAUACCAGUCGUUUCUUAACUCGCAGCCGAAGGCACACAAUCGAACGAGCUCGUCAGCAUUCUGGCCUCCCUGCUAUUCUUACCACUGAGGUUCCUGCAGAGGCUCUCCCGUCUCCACGACUGCAGAUGAAGAAGGUGUUGGCAGCGUUUUCAUUCCGAGUACGGAGGAUAGACGGAUCACUUUCUCGUUCAAUGCUCCCUUACUACACGGCGAUUUGCAAGUUCUUAAAGUGCUCUGAUGACAAUGCGAGUCCUGAUCAGUUCAUUUCCCUCUGCCGAAAAUGGCUCGAUGCAAUUGACGACGAUGAUUUGGAAAGGGCUUUUGUGUAAGUCAUCUCAAACACUGCUUCACCGUUCCAUCUAAUUUAUUGUUUCAGUGCUAUCGAGUCCCACUACAUGUCCUCGUCCAUUUUGUCGUCGGCACAGUCGAAGAAAGCGAGGGAGAAUGCUCCACGGCCGCGAGCACAGUCAACUUGCUGUCAAUCGCCAGUUCCACCGAAACGAGGCGAUGCCGAUCUCUCUUAUCUCGAGUCUUCGUGGCCGGUAUGCAGAUACCCAAUUCGGUUCUGAAAAUAGAAAUUUUUUGUUUAGAUUGGAUCCUACAAUCCGGACGACGCAUGGGAUGAAUAUCAUGCGAAUGCAAGCGACGAUGCGGUUCGAUGCAUUUGUGGAGCACUCGACGAGGACGGAGAAAUGGUGCAGUGUGAUGAAUGUCACUUCUGGCUCCACAUUGAUUGCACCAGUCAUGAUCUGUCGUCGAAGAAUGAAGACAAGAAAAAGUCAGAAAAGGAUGAAAAGGAAGACGAAUAUAGAUGUGACUUCUGCCUCGGAAAACAAGAUGGAAACCGGCCUUCGGCUGAUGUCAAGCUGAGAAGUCGCCUGGACGUUCGUUUCGAGCACUGCGACUACUACAGAUCUCUGGUUAAUCGACGUGGAAUCCAAGUACGGUUAAACGAGACCGUCUUUGUAAACCGUGUGAUCUCGGAAGACCACAAGGCAAUGCUGCGGCAUCUUCGCGAAGAAAAGAAAGGAAUAAAAAGUACGAGCCGACUGGAUCAGUUGAAUUUCCCGAAAGCGCCGACUUCGCCACUUCCACAUGAGGAGUUCGACCGGAGGGAAGCUCGUAUUUUCCGAGUGGAACGGCUCUUCGUCUGUCCUGGAAACAACCGUUUCGUCUUUGGAUCGUACUACGCGUGGCCGCAUGAGACUUAUGCUGAGACGAGUCGGCUAUUCAGCAAAAAGGAAGUUUUUGCGACAAAUUUCUACGAUACACUUCCCCUCGAUGAAGUCUUCGGCAGAUGUCUCGUGAUCGACACGCGAACCUGGUGCACCGGGCGUCCGAAGGUGCCAAAGUUCAAAGAAGACGACAUUUACUUGUGUGAAAUGCAAAUAGGAAAGAAUAAACGCGUUUUCGAGAAAGUUCCGGCCAAAAAUAGAUAUCCGAUCAACAUGCAGCCGUACGUCUUCACCGAGUUCCCUCAACGGAAGGAAGUUGUCAGAGACUUCAGAGUGAGUAAUUGCUUAUCUCAUCCAAAGUGCUUACUUAUUUUUCUAUUUCAGCCCUACGAUCCAUCAAAUCCUUCUCCGAAGCCACCUAAGAGUCAUCAUCAUCAGCAUCCUUCGGAUCCUCGUUCAGAAGCUCUGCCAAAAGUGGAUUCGAAAAGAAUGUCCCGCAAAAACAUCGACAGAGUACUUCACUUGCUCUCUGCCUCUUCGAACAAAGGCCAACUGUAA